AAAUUUAUAGGGACUUGAAAAAACAAGUUCAAGGACUAACCAAAAAAAAUUGAAACGACAAAGUGUUUUUCGUCGUUUUGAGGAAUCCAAUCACUGUUGUUCACUCCACAAAACCCGUCAAUUCCUCCUCUAACAGGAAAACCAAAAAAAUGAAGAGAGUCAUAUUAGCUUUCUUCCUCACUCUUUCACUCUUCUCCUUCCCCUCUUUCCAAUUCAAAUCCAAUGAGCUCCUCCUAGAUGACGAGGAGUUCGGUCUCAAGGGCACUCCGCCUCACUUCCCUGAACCCGCAUCCAUCCCUGCUGCUACUAGAUCCUCCCGGAAGAGGCAUUCAGAGUCGGAGUCUGGCUCCAAGAUCCAGUUCUCUCUGGAUCACACUUUUGGUGACUCUGAUUUUGUUCCUGCUAGUACCUUCUCUGCCCGCCUCAAGACUUGGAAUCACGGUGGCCAGACACUAACAAAGCUGCGGUUUUCAAGAAAUGGUUUCACUGAUGUGGAGAAGGAGAAAUUCAAAGAUUUGCUUCAAGGUGAUGACUUUUACAAGAUAAGGCUCCCAUCCAAUGUUUUGAGUCCUUCCAGGAGGUAUUCUAUUAUCUCAUCGGUGAAAGCAGUAAGUUAACCUUAGGUUGUAUGUGUUUCUUGAAAAAUGAAUGAAAGAUCAUAGAUUUGCUUGUUUAUUUACCUUGAUGAAUCUGUUCAUCUUUUGUUGGAAAUGAGAUGUAUUCAUGUUGAAUCCUAGUUUCUUGCGUUGUUGCAUGUUUGAUCUUCUUUUUGUUUAUUUUAUGUUCGGGUUGUGUUUUUCAGUCGGGUCGAUCAAACCCGAUCCAGUAAAAAAAAUACAUAAUAUAAAUAAAACGAAUUAAUUAAU